UGGACGGCCAGGCAGCCGCCGGCCCUACCGUCGCGGGGACCGGCCGGGGGCCUGCGGGGGGCCCGGAAGCCGGGUGCGAGCGAGAAAACAAACUUGGAGAGAGGAGUGACCUGGGGGCCGGGGGCGGAGUCGCGCGCGGAGGAGGAGGGAGCGAGCGGCCGCCGAAGCGCGGCUGGCCCAGGAAGCGGAGAGCACCGCCCACCCAUCCGGGGCGAGAGCGGCGCUGCGGCGCAGGCAGGCUGGGCCGGGGGCUGCCGGGCCCUCGCCUCCCACCGUGACCCCGCAGCCCCCAGCCCGCGCCCAAGAUGAUGAAGAGGCAGCUGCAUCGCAUGCGGCAGCUGGCCCAGACGGGCAGCUUGGGACGCACCCCGGAGACUGCCGAGUUCCUGGGGGAGGACCUGCAGCAGGUGGAGCAGCGGCUGGAGCCGGCCAAGCGGGCAGCCCACAAUGUCCACAAACGGCUGCAGGCCUGUCUGCAGGGCCAGAGCGGGGCGGACAUGGACAAGCGGGUGAAGAAGCUUCCCCUCAUGGCUCUGUCCACCACAAUGGCCGAGAGCUUCAAGGAGCUGGACCCCGAUUCCAGCAUGGGGAAGGCCUUAGAGAUGAGCUGUGCCAUUCAGAACCAGCUGGCCCGCAUCCUGGCGGAGUUUGAGAUGGCUCUGGAGAGGGACGUCCUGCAGCCCCUCAGCAGGCUGAGUGAGGAGGAGCUACCAGCCAUCCUCAAGCACAAGAAAAGCCUGCAGAAGCUGGUAUCCGACUGGAACACCCUCAAGAGCAGGCUCACUCAGGCAGCUAAGAACUCAGGCGGCGGUCAGGGCCUGGGGGGUGGCACCAGCGGUUACAGCCACACGGCCACGGCCACCAAGGUGGAGACGCUGAAGGAGGAGGAGGAGGAGCUGAAGAAGAGGGUGGAGCAGUGCAAGGACGAGUACUUGGCCGACCUGUACCACUUCGCCACCAAGGAGGACACAUACGCCAACUUCUUCAUCCACCUCAUGGAGAUCCAGGCUGACUACCACCGCAAGUCUCUUAGCUCGCUGGACACGGCCCUGGCUGAGCUGAGGGAGAACCACAGCCAAACAGACCCCUCCCCCUCGAUGACGGCCACCCCCUUCUUCAGGGUGUAUGGGGUGUCACUGGGAACCCACCUGCAAGAUCUGGGCCGGGACAUCGCCCUGCCCAUUGAGGCCUGCGUCAUGAUGCUGCUUUCUGAGGGCAUGAAGGAAGAGGGCCUCUUCCGUCUGGCCGCGGGAGCCUCGGUGCUGAAGCGCCUCAAGCAGACCAUGGCCUCGGACCCCCGCAGCCUGCAGGAGUUCUGCUCCGACCCCCACGCCGUGGCAGGUGCCCUCAAGUCCUAUCUGCGGGAGCUGCCAGAACCCCUAAUGACCUUUGACCUCUAUGAUGACUGGAUGAGGGCAGCCAGCCUGAAGGAACCAGGGGCCCGGCUAGAGGCCCUCCAACAGGUGUGCAGCCGCCUGCCCCAGGAAAACCUGGACAACCUCAGGUACCUGAUGAAAUUCCUGGCACGCCUGGCGGAGGAGCAGGAGGUGAAUAAGAUGACACCCAGUAACAUCGCCAUCGUCCUGGGGCCCAACCUGCUGUGGCCCCCCGAGAAGGAAGGGGACCAGGCCCAGCUGGACGCGGCCUCCGUGUCCUCCAUCCAGGUGGUGGGUGUGGUGGAGGCCCUGAUACAGAAUGCCGACACCCUCUUUCCUGGAGAUGUCAACUUCAACGUGUCAGGCCUGUUCUCAGCCCCUGGCCCCCAGGACAAGGUCAGCAACAGGCCAGCUGCUGAAGAACUUCCAGCAGUUACUGUGGCCGCCUCAGCUCCGGCCCCAGCGCCGGCCCAGGCUCCAGCGCCGGCCCAGGCUCCAGCGCCAGCCCAGGCUCCAGCACCGGCCCAGGUUCCAGCACCAGCCCAGGCCCCAGCCUUGGCCUCAGCAGCUACCAAGGAAAGAACAGAGUCCGAGGCGCCCCCCAAACCAGCCUCCCCCAAGGUCAGCAGGAGUCCCUCGGAGGCAGCCACUCCAGCGGAGGACAUGGCUCGGAGGACCAAGCGCCCAGCGCCAGCCCGGCCCACCAUGCCACCCCCCCAGGUCUCCAGCAUGCGCUCCUCCCCUCCGGCCUCACUCCCGCCCCCUGGCUCUAGCAGCCCUGCGACCCCCCAGGCUCUACCCCGCCGUCUGGUUGGCAGCAACCUCCGAGCCCCCACGGUGCCACCCCCAUUGCCCCCCAAUCCUCCCCAGCCCGCCCGGCGCCAGAGCCGGCGUUCACCAGCCUCCCCCAGCCCGGCCUCCCCAGGGCCGGCCUCCCCCAGCCCGGUGGCUCUCAGCAUUCCUGCGCAGGUGGACCUGGGAGCAACCACAGAGGAGGGAGGGGCCCCUGAGGCUGUGGGCAGGGCCUCCACUCCCCCAGCCAUCCCUCCUCAACCCCGGCCCAGGAGCCUUGCCUCAGAGACCAACUGAGCGGGCCUGCUCCUCGGCAACCACCCCUCAGCAUCUCCUCCCUCCCACCUGUCCCCCCAGGACACGACCCUCACCCUUCCCCAGGGUGGGGGCCUCCAGCCUUUGCCUGCAAGUGCCUCGGUGCCCGCUGGGUCGGCCCCCACGGCAAGGAGGACUCGGGACAGUCCUCCACUUCCAGACCUUUUUCUUCUGCAGCCGCCCUGGGCUUGGGGGCCCCUCACCCCACUCCCAGCUCUCUGGCAGGGUCCCCAGGGAGCCCCCGGAAGGAAGGAGGGGCUUGCCUGCUCCUACAGGACUGUUAUUUUUCUCUUGCCAACGUAUUGUUUUGUAAGGCUGGUAAAUAAAUUAUUUUGGACAAAACUGGAGCCGCUGGCCCAAUGAUAGUUGUUUUUUUCCUUUCUGCCCUCGAAAUAAAGAAGCCACUUGUAUGAAA